ACCAUCACCAAGUGUUUCCUUGACGGAGCAAAAACGCGUUUUCCUCCAUCCAUCUGCACCAGAGGAAAUAACAAUUGUAGAUCACCACUAACACGAAUACAUUGAGUAGUUUAAUCCCCCCCCCCCCUCUGGAACAUCCACACGCAGUGUGAUUUUUUUUUUUUUUUCCUAUCUGGUUGAAUUUCCUCUGAAAUGGAAUUAAGAUGUCGUCCCACGGUGAUGUAUUGCUUUCUCGCCGUCCUCUCUUCCGUGCUUCCACACUCCGUGCAGGGCUCGCCUUACUUGGACAGGCAAUAUUUGAACGAGUGGGCCGUCGAGAUCCCGGGUGGAGUGGAUGCCGCGGCGGAGAUCGCCCGGGAGUUGGACUACCAACUGGUCCGACAGAUUGGGGCCCUGAAGGACCAUUUCUUGUUCAGACAUCACAAACAACCCCGCAGAAUGAAGAGAAGUGCCACGCUCGUCACCAGGCAGCUGUCGGAGGAUGAUCGAGUGGUGUGGGCAGAGCAGCAGUAUGAGAAACGGCGCAGCAAGCGGGCAUCCCUCGGGCAGUGCAGGAACUGCCCAGCGGACAAGCUGUUUGAUGAUCCCAUGUGGAACCAGCAGUGGUACCUGCAAGACACACGCACGUCGUCUUCCCUGCCAAAACUGGACCUGCACGUCAUCCCAGUGUGGCAGAAGGGGAUCACGGGCAAAGGAGUGGUCAUCACUGUUCUGGAUGACGGGCUGGAGUGGAACCACACAGACAUCUACUCCAACUACGAUGCAGCAGCCAGCUACGACUUCAACGACAACGACCCUGACCCGUUCCCCAGAUAUGACGCCACCAAUGAAAACAAGCAUGGGACCAGGUGUGCUGGUGAGAUCGCCAUGCAAGCAGACAACAAUAAAUGUGGUGUUGGGGUGGCCUUCAAUUCCAAAGUUGGAGGCAUUCGUAUGCUGGAUGGGAUUGUGACGGAUGCCAUUGAGGCCAGCUCUAUUGGCUUCAAUCCAGAGCAUGUGGACAUCUACAGUGCUAGCUGGGGACCCAAUGAUGAUGGCAAAACCGUCGAAGGUCCAGGUCGUCUGGCUCAGAAAGCCUUCGAGUACGGCAUCCAGAAGGGCCGAGGUGGCAAGGGCUCAAUCUUUGUUUGGGCAUCAGGUAACGGUGGCCGCCAGGGGGAUAACUGUGACUGUGAUGGCUACACAGACAGCAUCUACACUAUCUCAAUCAGCAGCGCCUCCCAGCAGGGCUUGUCUCCAUGGUACGCUGAGAAGUGCUCUUCCACUCUGGCUACAGCGUACAGCAGUGGAGACUACACUGACCAAAGGAUUACCAGCGCUGAUCUACACAAUGAGUGCACUCAGACUCACACCGGAACGUCAGCCUCCGCCCCGCUAGCUGCUGGAAUAUUUGCCCUAGCACUGGAGCAAAAUCCAGAUCUCACCUGGAGAGACCUGCAGCACAUUGUGGUCUGGACGUCAGAGUUCGAUCCCUUGGCGAAUAAUCCUGGCUGGAAAAGGAAUGGAGCGGGACUGAUGGUCAACAGCCGCUUCGGUUUUGGUCUUCUCAAUGCCAAAGCCCUGGUUGACCUCGCUGACCCUGCAACAUGGAAGCAUGUGCCAGAAAAAAAGCAAUGCAUCGUGAGGGAUGACUCUUUCCAGCCCAGGGAUUUGAAAGCAGCAGGGGAGACCACCAUAGAGAUUCCAACUAAAGCCUGUGCAGGGCAGGAGAAUUCCAUUGGCUCACUGGAACAUGUGCAGGUGGAGGCCAGCAUUGAAUACACCAGGAGAGGCGAUCUGCAUAUCACACUUACCUCGCCAGCUGACACCAGCACUGUGCUGCUCGCUGAGCGUGAGCGUGACACAUCCUCCAAUGGUUUUAGAAACUGGGAUUUCAUGUCAGUCCACACAUGGGGUGAAGACCCUUCUGGUACUUGGACCCUUAAGAUCACUGACACUUCGGGCCGUAUGGAGAACGAGGGUCGGAUCUUGAACUGGAAGUUGAUUCUGCACGGAACAUCUGAGAAGCCGGAGCACAUGAAGAAGCCUCGAGUGUACAUUCCCUACAAUGCUGUGCAGAAUGACCGCCGUGGUGUGGAACAUAUGGAUGACAUGAUGGAGGAGCCAACUGAGGCCCGUCCACCUCUGAAGACUAAAACACAAGCCUUAGUUCCUUCUGAUAUUGAAAAGAAACCCCAAAAGCCAGCCAACCCCCACUACUCCCCCACACAGGCCUUGCUGCGUCUCCUGCAGACAGCCUUUAACAGGCAAAGGCCCACCGUCCAGCGGCCCCAAUCAGCCUGGGGGAGGCAGCAGCCUGCAAGAAUGUCCUCCCUCCUGGCAACAAAAACCCCCCCACAGAAGCUGUACCAAGCUCUGGACAUGAUCAACAAGUACGGUGGCCCUGGGCACAGUGUCUACAGUGACUAUAGCGAUGGCUUCUACAGCACCAAGCCAUACAGGCACAGAGAUGAUCGCCUUCUGCAGGCCCUUUUUCAGAUCAUCGAUAAUGACCAGAAAUGAGAGAGAGAGAGAGAGAGAGAGAGAGAGAGAGAGAGAGAGAGAGAGAGAGAGAGAGAGAGAAUACACUGGAAAAAAAGUACCUAAUUUGGCCAUGUACAUCGGUUGCACAUGAUUACAAUGAGGUAAACUGACAUCAUUUUCCUAUAUUCGCCGUAAAAAGAAUAGAAUAAUAAGUUAGUUGAACACAUUUUAAUAGUAGGCAACCAAUGUACAUGCUCAACUUAAGUAUAUUCAAAGGACUUUUUUCAGUCUACAACAUUUGCUUGUGUGUUGGUUGGGGAGCAGAGGAAAAGGGCAAAAGUUAAAAGGAGAAGAAAAUUGUGAAUACAAGAAAGAGAUCUCACAGGUGUUUUAUUUGAUUCUGUGUUGUCCCCCAAAUGCUGCAUAUCUAAUUUUACUUUCAUUUAAUGAAUUCGUUAAGUAUUUUAUUCAUUGAUCCAUUUGGUUCAUUCAUCAUCGAACAACAUCCCUUCUACAAAUUACAGGAGAUCGCUCACUUAUAAAAUAUCGGCAGUAAUUUUAGUUUCUCAACUCUACUGUCUACUCAAGAAUGUCAAAUUGAUUGCAAUAUAUAUUUUCUAAUUUAAAUUCAUUUUUUCCAUUUGUAAUUAUAUAUAUUAUAUAUUAUGUAUAACAUUAUACAAAUAGUUUAUUAAACUUUCAUUCCGUUUAUAUGUCCACAGUACUGUUUUGUGUUCUGUGUAGGUGAACUGGAGUACUGCCACUAGCUUUGUGUUUCAAUGACCUUUUUCAUGGCACUCAUUUUAAAAUAGUAAAAUGAGAAACAUGAGGACAGCUGCUUAUUAGAUUAUCCAAAAAAACAGAAAACAAUUUUCACAGAAUUUACAAGUAAGGUUGCAAAUGGGCCGUUCUAACUUGUUUAACUUUGGUUAUGAUCUUAAUUAAAGGACACAGGAAUUUAUUUGGGCAUCAAUGGAACUGUCUACCCCCUGCCCAACCCCCAAAAUCAGAAUGUAACCAGUCUGUCUGUUAAUAAACCUUGCUAACUAAUAGAUACAGAAAGACAACAACAACAGAUUUAAUAGUGGCUCAAGACUUUCACACAGUACUGUGCCUCUUGUGCAUUUCACAAUACAAUAUUCACUACAGGGGGCAGCUACAUUUUAAAAAAAUAGUGAGCAUUAAACAAAUUCAUUUUAUUUAAAAUAUAUCCUGCCCAGCUCAGUGAAGUUUUAAACUUUGGUACCAGUGAUUCAUUCUCAGGGUUUCUACAAACCUCUAACUUUAGGUAUGCUAUACAUACAUACUGAACUAUGUGAAGGAUCGUAACACCAUUGAAACAAGCGCGCCCCCGCAGCCCCCACCCCUUCCGUUCUCCCUGCAUGAUAGGGAAAUUUUACUUUGUUUAAACUAAGUGGGAAAAAUACAAAAACAACUUAAUCUUCUUUAGCAUUUUUUUUAUUGUGUAUAAGUACAAUACUGCAUUAAAUGAAAUAUUUUUCUAAGGAUCCUCAUAUUUUAUGGAAAUAAUAUAUCAAACCCUUAAACAGUUUAUCGUUUCACUUGAUUACUGCAACAUCAAUGUGAAUAAGAAUAGCAACACUGCCAAAUGGUUGUCAAGCUUCUGUGUAGUUCAGCGGGGGGGGAAAUAAGUUGUUUGUUCUACAUCAGUAAUUUAUCAAAUAUAAGCAGUUCGUUGAAGUGUUGCAUUGUUAGCACUACUCUGGUAUUACUGGAUCUACCAAGAUGGAGACUGCAUGACAACCUGCAAGCACAUUUGUCUACAAUGCAUUCAUAUUGUAUUAUUAUAGGACAGCAUAAUCAUCGCCACAUACUGACCAAUUUUAAAGCAGCUUUUACAAGUUUGUUUGUCCUGAGUGAGCUUUUAUGCAGGGUCCAUACACUCCAGUGGAACUGCCAGCCCCGCUUCUCUGCCAACCAGGUGAAAAGACAAGAAUGAUGUUUGGGGAAAAUGCUGCAUUGUAAAUUAUCUGUAGCGUAGCCUGAAUUUUGAUCUUUUUAUGUUUGUUAGUGGCUGAUGCUUCCGUUCAGAAUUGUUUGCACAAACCAAUAUUAUGUUGCAAUUUUGGUAGUGGAUGUACAAAAAAAAAAAAAAAAAAGUGAUUUAG